CUUGUCAACGACGCCUCCCAGAAAGAAGCUAGCAUGACAUCCAUUCAGGAAGAAGACUAGCUCCGAUUGCGAAAAAUAUAUACAUCUUUAUUGUGAAGAAAUGGCGUCGGUCAACCCGUUUAACCUCAGUGAUUCCGAAGAGGAGGUUGAACAGCGACCAAAUGAAACCGUUGACACGGAGAGGAGUCCGAGUGAUGGGGCUCCCGGGCCGCCGCCAGGAAAUCCUUUCUCCCCUCCUGCGGACGCCGAACACCCGACGCUGCUGCUGUCCAGUCACCGUACGAGCCCGAACGGAGAGGGCAUGUCCAUGUCCGCCGCGGCCGCCUCGGCGAUGGCCGGCAACGCCGAGACGAGGGUGUCAAUAGAUGUCAUCGCUGCUCAGCUCCUGCGCGACCAGUACAUUCUCACGGCCCUGGAGCUUCACACAGAACUGCUGGAAGCAGGUCGCGAGCUGCCCAGGCUGAGGGAUUAUUUCUCCAACCCUGGUAACUUUGAACGACAGAGCGCCACUCCACCUGCCAGAGACCAAGGACUCGGACCGGGCGGACCACUGAAUCGUGCCGGGAGCAUCAGCACCUUGGAUUCUCUGGAUUUCGCCCGUUACUCUGAUGAUGGGAACAGAGAGACGGAUGAACGUGUCGCAGUGCUGGAGUUUGAGCUACGGAAAGCAAAGGAGACCAUUCAUGCUCUGCGCGCCAACUUGACUCAGGCAGCAGAGAGUGAAAUGCCUUCUCAGGAGAGGAAAAACUUGAAGUCAAGUCCUGAAAUUCAGGAGCCCAUACGGCCACUGGAGAAAAGAGCCUUAAACUUCCUUGUGAAUGAAUAUUUAUUAAAAAAUGAAUACAAGCUAUCCUCAAUCACGUUCUCGGAUGAAAACGGGGAUCAGGACUUUGAGUUGUGGGAUGAUGUCGGCCUCAACAUUCCAAAACCGCCUGACCUACUUCAGUUGUAUAGGAACUGUGGUACCCCUCUUCCCUCACCUAGAGAGAUGGUUGAUGUUGCUGUGGAGGCCGGGUUCGAAGAUUUUCCUGGGAACUGCACCUCUCAGGAAUCAAAGAAGCCAGACCUAACACAACAGCAACAAACCGAAGUCGUCCAGGAGUUGGAGUAUCAGAUCAGCCUGCUCAACGAUGAGAAACACAGUCUGGCAGAGCAAAUAAAGAAACUCCAAAGUGAGAUUCAGAAGUUAAAGCGGACGGUUGCGACCCCUCCUGCGGCCAACCUCGACCUCAGCGCUCACAAUAAUUGUUCCUCUAACACAGUCCCAUCCAUAGCAGACGUUCCAUCUGCGCCCCCGACAGAUAAUGGCAAAUAUCUGGACAUCCAUGGGGUCUCGGAUUCUGAGGUGGACGCAAACGCGGUCUCUCCUCAUAACGUGUCACAGUCCCAAUCAAAAGCCCACAACAAUAGUCGGCCCCCUGUUCAGUUUGAUCAACCAAACAGAAAAUUAUCCCCGGCCUUCCAGCAAGCACUGCUCUCUUUCUGCAGAAUGUGCUCCGACAGCCGCCUGGGCGCCGAGGUUUCACGUAUAGCAGACAGCGAGGAGAGUCUCAUGUUGAUGCUUGGUCGGUGCCUCCCUCACAUCGUCCCCAAUGUUCUUCUUGCAAAACGAGAGAGAAUGGUUGCACAUCUAUGCCAGGAGUUAAUUCCGCUCAUACUGUGCACUGCCUGCCUUCACCCAGAGUCUAAAGAAAGAGACCAGCUCCUCCACAUCCUCUUUAACCUCAUAAAGAGGCCGGACGAUGAGCAGAGACAAAUGAUCUUGACAGGAUGUGUUGCGUUCGCCCGGCAUGUGGGUCCCACACGUGUUGAGGCAGAACUACUUCCUCAGUGCUGGGAACAGAUUAACCACAAAUAUCCCGAGAGGAGAUUAUUGGUGGCGGAAUCCUGUGGAGCCUUAGCACCAUACCUGCCUAAGGAGAUCCGUAGCUCAUUAGUCCUAUCAAUGCUGCAGCAGAUGCUCUCUGACGAUAAGGCCGACAUGGUCAGAGAGGCGGUGGUCAAGAGUCUGGGUAUCAUCAUGGGCUACAUAGACGACCCUGACAAGUAUUCACAGGGAUUUGAGUUGAUGCUGCUGUCCCUUGGGGACCCGUCGGAGCGAGUCGUCGGUGCUGUUCAUCAGGUCUUCAUCCCUGCCUUUGCUGCGUGGACUACGGAGCUGGGGACGCUACAAUCGUCACUUAUUCCUUCUCUCUUAGCGCGAAUUGAGAAGCUCCUGAAGCAAGGAGAACAUGGUCUUGAUGAACACAAGCUUCACAUAUUUCUGUCAGCGCUGCAGUCUCUCAUCCCCCCACUGUUUGCUGUGGUGCUGCAGAAUGCACCAUUCACCAGCAGAGCUAAGCUCCAUGGAGAUAUACCUGCGAUAGAGGUCACCCGGUUCCCGAGGCCAGCAUCUCCGCUCCAGGAUGUCGCGACCAUCAUUGGAAGCAGGGAGAUGCUCAGCGCCCUGCUGAUCCUAUACGACAACCAGCUGGAGCAUGAAGGAACCACCGGUUGGGAGAGCCUGCUGUGGGUGGUCAACCAACUACUUCCACAGUUAAUAGACACAGUGGGGCGCAUCAACGUGAGCUCUUCAACCUGCGUCCAUGAGUUUUCACGCUUCUUUUGGAGGUUUUGUCGCACUUUUGGAAAGAUCUUCACAAACACUAAGGUUAAACCACAAUUCCAGGAGAUUCUCAGACUAUCCGAAGAAAAUGUUGAUGCUUCAGCUGGAAAUGGAAUUCUCACCAAAGCUACAGUACCCAUUUAUGCCACAGGGGUCCUGACAUGUUACAACCAGGAAGAGGAUCGAAAAUUGUUGGUGGGUUUCCUGGAAGAUGUUAUGACUACCUUGUCUCUGUCCCAUGCACCUUUAGACAGCCUGAAGGCUUCUUUUGUGGAGCUUGGUGCCAACCCGGCUUACCACGAACUGCUGCUCACCGUGCUCUGGUAUGGUGUCGUCCACACAUCUGCCCUGGUGCGGUGCACUGCAGCACGGAUGUUUGAGCUGCUGGUGAAGGGGGUGAAUGAGACGCUGGUAGCUCAGAGAGUGGUGCCGGCUCUCAUCACACUGUCCUCCGACCCUGAAAUCUCUGUGAGGAUAUCAACUAUUCCUGCCUUUGGUACCAUCAUGGAGACGGUCACUCAGAAGGAGCUGCUGGAGCGAGUCAAAAUGCAGCUUGCGUCCUUCCUGGAGGAUCCUCAGUAUCAAGACCAGCACUCUCUGCACAUGGAGAUCAUCCGGACGUUCGGACGGGUCGGGCCUAACGCCGAGCCUCGUUUUAGGGAUGACUUCGUGCUUCCACACCUCCACAAGCUGGCUCUGGCGAACAACAGCCAGGCGGUUGAAAGCAAGAGGAUCGACAUCGCCACCCAGCUCUUCGAGGCCUACAGCGCCCUCUCCUGUUGCUUCAUUUCUGAGGAGGUGAUGGUCAACCACUUCCUGCCGGGCUUAAGGUGUCUGCGAGCCGACAUGGAGCAGCUCUCUCCUGAGCAUGAGGUGAUUCUGAGUUCCAUGAUCAAAGAGUGUGAAAUCAAGGUGGAGAAUCGAGGAAUGGGUGAUGCUCAAGGAUCUCUAUCCAUGGCUUCCAGCCUGGUGGGUGAGGAUGCCAAGACCAAGUUCCUGAACAAGAUGGGUCAGCUGACCACGUCGGGUGCCAUGCUGGCAAAUGUCUUCCAGAGAAAGAAAUGACCUCACAGCGACUGAAGAGCCUCUGAUGUCACCACAGUGAGAACGGCUGCAGAUGAUUCGAGGAGCAACUUGGUUUUUCAAGAGCAGACGUUUGGCUGCAGAGUUCGCCCUCCUAAAAUCUUGAUGAAAGUGUCGCCAAGGACUGUGGAUGUUUUGUUUUAUAUUACCGGUGUAAACAUAUUCAUUUCAUGGAGAGAGGAAAGAAAGUGCUCAGUGUUAUGAUUCAGAUCCUGGGCAUAUCCACGAUGGUAGGGGAUCAAAAUGUCAUCCAAUACUCCAAUACCGCUCGACUUCUGGGGUGAGACAUUUUGAGUACAGCUUUCAUGGAGUGGAACAGCACUGAAGGUUUCAACCACAAAAUGGCUCCAUGGCUUCUGUACAGUUUGUGACUCAGACGUUUACUUGAAGCUCUGAAAAGGUUUUGCCUUUAUUUCCUCGAAUUUCUUUUUUUUUUUUUCAAUUAUGUUUUGAUAGCUUCUAUUUUAUACAUUAUUUAUGUCUUAAGAAUAAAAAAAAACACUAUUCCAGUUUCCAAAGAAAUUUGCACAUUGCUGAUUUGUUUUUUUUUUUUUUUUGCUUUUAAUUGUUUUGUUUCAGGCUUUUACACAGUAUCACUACUGUCUAUGAUUGUGAGGACGAGGAAAAACUGUCGAUGAUUGUUUUACUAAGUCGUGAUUUCAGUCGGAUAUAUGCUUUGAUUUUCUAUGUAUUCUACUGAGAGAGUAAAUAUAUGUAUGAUAGAAUGAUGUGGAGGCAAGGGUACAUGUGUAUAUUUGAAACUUAUGUCAUGUGUAAUAAAAAGAUCUGUUGUGUACGGACAGAGUUCAGCU